AUGGUCCUAAGUCCUGACUUUUCUUCAUCUCCUCUCUGCCCUUUCCGCCUGGAUUCUCCCCUUCAACUCACCCAACACCCCAAACGUCCCCCGAGCGGCUAUCCCGAUCCCGACUCCCGAGUCUACUCACAUUUGGUCGCUGUCAGAAAUAGCCAUGCUCGCGAAGACCGCUUCAUGCUCGACGUGGAUCGUCUUUUUUUCGCCCGGUCUAUUCUUCAUAUAUUCCGUGAACAAGCUUUUCUAGGUCCCCCACGCCCUCGAAAUUGUCUCGCAUGGCAUCUACAGACUUUUUUCACUUCACGCCAUGCACAGAAGAUAGCUCUCGAGGUGACCUUUGACCUUCCUCGUCUCCACGAACGGACGAGAUGGUGGGCUUUCCUGUUUGCUGUGAAUCCAGAACAGCGCGCGGCUGAGAUGACAGACAUUGUUGACAUCAGGGUCAACUACAUGGACAAGCACAACGUUCAAUACACCAUCCUGUCAUACACUGCCCCCGGUGUCCAAGACAUUUGGACUCCAGGGAAGCCCAGAACCUCGCCGUAG